GGCCCUUUUUGACCACACCCACAACUGGAAACCAAAAUAAACUAUAUUCACAUGAUAACUUCACCUUUUUGGUGAAUUUUAUGCACGGAAUGAUUUUUGGCCAUUUUUUAAGGCAUUUUGGACACUGUGUUCUGUUGAAAGAAAGUCAGUUGGCAAAGCUACAGCGCGGGAAAUAAAUUGUGGGGAAAAUUCAUAAAUAACAAUAAUAAUAGUACUAAUUACAAAUUAACUAAUUAUUAUGGCUCAACGCAAAUUGAUAUUUUGCACUCAUUAUAAGUUAAGUGAAGUUGUCUAGCAGCUUUAAUUAUGGGUAAACAGCGCCCUGUACCUCCUCACCUCGAUAAGUUGUCAAUAGUCCCUCCCCUUCCGACGGAUAAAGCUACACAGUUCCUGUCAAAUUUAACGUUACGAUGUGACGAAUUUAUAACGGGAGGAAUAAACAUUGAUAAAGCAUUGAUAAAGAGGAAGGAAAACGUAGAACAACUCACGAGGAUUGCUACAUCUGCGAUUGAGAAAGAAGAACAACUUGAUAUAGUUAUAAACAAAGUGCUCGAACUACAACAACCAGAAAGUGAGGCAGAAACAGAAUACAAACGUGUUAAAUUAGAAAAGGCGCAGAAAACGGCGAAAAUAAGAGUCGAAUCCUUACAAAAGUGGGAAGUAAAGAAUAAACAAACUACAGAUACAGUGGACCGAUGGCAUCACGCACACGUCAAGUUAGAAAAACGCUUCGCUACUGCUGAGGCGUUGAGCGACGCCACGGGGAAAGUAAUUGACGACCUGGGUUUACAUUUUAUCUUGGAUGAAGAUUGUUCACUAAAUAAAAGUCAUUUUGCUAUCGGCAUAAGAAAUAUUGUUCCGCACAACAUGGAAUUAACGGGAGUUCUUUACAUGCUCGAGUUCAACAGUGAAAGUUGGACUUGUGCAGAAUUUACCAAAGUGGAACCAAGAUUUCCAGAGGCGAAGGAGUUUUUGAGAGAAGUUAACAAAAGUAAAGAUGUCGUCUAUGCACUUUGCCUUGCAAGAAAAUAUUGGCGAAUGCAGCUCACGCCUUCUACUAUUCCCAAGGUGGUUGAAGUAUCCAUUAAGUGUAAUAAUAAUAAUAAUAAGAGCAGUAGUAACAGUGAAUCAGAAGAAAAGUCCCUAAUGUUGUUUGAUGAUUCCAAUACUUCCGACUAACGUAUCUAUAAUUUGUAAAUGUAUUUUGACUACUCUAAAGCGAUUGUUGAUAUAAUUUACAUUCAAAUCAAAGAUUAUCAUCAACUUAUUUGUAAUAGAAUCAUCAAACUUGUGUAAAUAUCUAAGAUGUGCACAAUAUAAUUUCAUCAUUUUAAUUGCAACUACAUAAAAAGCCGUAACAUAUUUUUUAUCUUGUAUGCAUCAUUGGGUGGAAUAAAUUUAAGAGGCCACUCGCUUUAUUGGAUAUCCUAAUAUUUUUGCUUCAUUAGUAUAGACACUUUUGUACCACAACAUUAAAGUAGAUAAUAAAUAACUCUCAUUGUGAUGGCACACAUGAAAA